AGGAGACAGAGAAGAGGAAAAGUCUUACCCAGCCUUCAGCACCCCUCUACCCUGUCCUACAGGGGGGUACUGAAGAAGAAUUAAUUUUUCCUCCCCCGUAUAACCCCUCUAGGAUGCCGGAAGAACACCAUCCUCCCCCUCCGGGGGAGGCAGACACUGUUCCGAGAGCGGGAGGCGGAAACUCUCCAGGGGGAAGCCCGCCCUUUACCAGACAAAGGGCUCAGAGGGAGCAAUCUGCCUCCGCCGCCGACUCCAUUAUUCUGCCCCUGCAAGCCACCGGACCCCCAGACACGGAGGGGAAUCAGCCCCAUCACUAUUGGCCUUUCGCCACUAGUGACCUCUACAAUUGGAAAGCUCAGAAUCCUAAGUUUUCCAAGAAACCGGCAGGGCUUAUUGAUUUAUUAGACUCUGUUCUUUUUACCCAUCAGCCCACGUGGGACGAUUGCCAGCAGCUUUUGCAGGUCCUGUUCACCACUGAAGAAAGAGAAAGAAUCCUCAAUGGGGCCCGAAAACUAGUUCCGGGCACAGACGGGAAUCCCACCACCAACCAGGCUCAGAUAGAUGCCUCCUUCCCCUUAAGUCGGCCCCAGUGGGAUUUCAACACGGCAGAAGGUAAGGAGAGGCUCCGGGUCUACCGCCAGACUCUAAUGGGGGGUCUCCGAAUGGCUGCUAGAAAGCCAACCAAUUUGGCCAAGGUAGGAAAUAUACAACAGGGAAAAGAUGAAUCUCCGGUUGCCUUUUUAGAACGGAUCAUGGAGGCAUUCCGUACCUAUACCCCCACGGAUCCAGAGGCUCCAGAAAGCAAGGCAGCUGUUAUCAUGGCCUUUGUAAACCAAUCGGCCAAAGACAUUAGGAGAAAAUUACAGAAAAGACUAGGAGAAAAAAGUCUGCAGGACUUACUGGUGGUAGCCGAAAAGGUAUAUAAUAACCGGGAGCCUCCUGAGGACAAGCAGGGUCGCGCCAUGGCGGCUGCCAGCAGUAAGCAGACUCGAGACCCGGCCAGAAUACUACUAGCUACCAUUGCUGACUUCCCUGAGGAACGAGACCGCCGUCUCCGGCAGCCGGCAGACGACACAAGAGAAGGUAAAGGAACCACCAAGGGGGGGAAGCAGAGGCUGCAGAAGGAUCAGUGUGCAUACUGCAAGGAGAUAGGGCAUUGGGCCCGAGAUUGUCCAAAAAGGGCCGGCGGGAAGGGAAGCAAGACUGAUCGAGUAAAAGUCCUAGAGCUAGAUGAACUAAGUGAUUAGGGGAGUCGGGGUUCGGACCCUCUCCCAGAACCCAGGGUAACUCUUAAAGUGGAGGGGACCCCUGUUGACUUCCUUGUCGACACCGGAGCACAACAUUCGGUCCUCUGCACCCCACAAGGAAAACUAGCCAGCAAGAAGUCCUGGGUACAAGGGGCAACUGGUAUGAGCCAGUAUUCAUGGACUACCCGAAGAACAGUAGAUUUGGGAACGGGCCAGGUAUCCCACUCCUUUAUGGUAAUACCAGAAUGCCCCUACCCGCUGUUAGGAUGGGACUUACUGACCAAGAUUGGAGCUCAGAUAACUUUCAGACAAGGGGGGCCUCAGGUCACCUGGCAAGGGCCACCCAUCCAGGUCCUGACCAUGAAACUGGAGGAUGAAUACCUCCUCCACCAGGAGGCGCUCCCGAGAGAGGAUAAUAUAGACAGAUGGCUACAAGAAUUCCCCUCGGUUUGGGCAGAGACAGGGGGGAUGGGACUAGCUGCUCAUAGGACCCCAGUCCUGGUAGAGCUCAAGCCAGGAGAGAGUCCGGUAAGGAUCAAACAAUACCCCAUGUCUCAGGAGGCCCAGAAGGGGAUCCAGCCACACAUCCAGAGACUACGAAGCCUAGGGGUACUAGUUCCUUGCCAGUCUGCCUGGAACACCCCCUUACUGUCGGUCAAAAAGCCUCACACAAAUGACUACCGACCGGUACAAGACCUCCGGGAAGUAAAUAAGAGGGUCGCGGACAUACACCCAACUGUUCCCAACCCAUAUACUCUCUUGAGCUCCUUGGCGCCCUCCAGGGUCUGGUAUACUGUACUAGAUUUAAAGGACGCCUUCUUCAGUCUGCCGUUGGCACCCCAGAGCCAACCCUUGUUCGCCUUUGAGUGGCAUGAUCCAGAGGAGGGCUACAGUGGGCAACUCACCUGGACACGGCUACCUCAGGGAUUCAAAAAUUCACCCACCAUCUUCGACGAGGCACUACACGAGGACCUGGUAUUUACAGACACCUUCUCUGGCUGGGUGGAGGCAUACCCAGCCAAGCAUGGAACGGCUCAGACGGUGGCUAAGAAGCUACUAGAAGACAUCUUACCCAGGUAUGGUUUUCCUGCCAUGGUAGGAUCAGACAAUGGACCAGCUUUUAUCUCGCAGGUAACACAGGCAGUAGCCAAGGCGGUGGGGGCAAACUGGAAAUUACAUUGUGCUUAUAGGCCCCAGAGCUCAGGACAGGUAGAAAGAAUGAAUAAAACCCUAAAAGAGACCCUUACCAAAUUAACCAUGGAGACUGGCGGGGACUGGGUGACUCUCCUACCGUACGCCCUUUACCGGGUUAGAAACACUCCUUACACUCUGGGUUUUACUCCCUACGAGAUCAUGUUUGGCAGGCCACCCCCUAUUAUUCCCAGCCUUCGAGCUGAACUUAUUGCUGAGUUUAAAGAUCAAGAACUUUUUCUUUCCUUGAGCGGGCUCCAGAGGGCACACGAGGACAUUUGGCCGCGCCUCCGUGCCAUCUACGAGGCUGGCCCAAUCCCGACACCUCAUCAGUACAGGCCGGGAGACUGGGUCUACGUCAAGAGGCACCACCGAGAGACUCUCAAGCCGCGCUGGAAGGGACCCUACAUCGUGGUGUUGACAACCCCCACCGCUCCCAAGGUAGACGGCAUCGCGACCUGGGUCCAUCACACCCACGCUCAGCCAGCAGACCCCUCCUCGAUCCGGAAGGACUUUGUCACACGAUGGGCCAUCAGUCGGGACCAACACAACCCGCUCAAGCUCAAGCUACAGCGCAUUUGACCCACCUAAUAUUGGUAACUCUGUUAACUCUGCUUGUCAUUGCUCAUGCUGCCGGGAGUCCCCACGCCCCCCAAAACAUCACCUGGCAGAUCAUAGACACCAGCUCGGGGACAAUACUUAAUCAGACGUCCCAGAGCCACCCCAGGGACACUUGGUUCCCAGAACUUUGCGUAAACCUCCAAACUCUGUUCCCCUUGUCACCAUAAAUGCAGCCGGUCCCAUGAUUGGGUCCCUAAGCUACAUGACAAGGGGGGAAUGAAAGGGCGGGCCUAUGCCGGCCGACUCCAUCUUGUUCUGUGUCCUUCACCUUGACCACACCUCCUCCCCUUGAGUAACCCCCCCCUCACCUGCCUAACAGGACUCGGACCCUUCCCCAGGACCCUUCCCCAGCCAAUCAGCUGAGGCCAUAGCCAUUACCUCACCAACUGCCCCUAGGCCC